AUGGGGUUAAAUGCUCUACCGACUAGUAACGAUCAAUUGAUAUUGAAUCCUCAACUUUCGUCUAUCAAGGAUUUGACCUAUGUCGACAGUCCUCCUAAAGGUCAUAUCAAUAGGACUUUACCUUCUGGACGGGAAUACGUAUUGUUCGUUCCGGAUGGAUACGAUCAUCAAGUCGAGCAUCCACUGGUAUUGAGUUUCCAUGGCGCCGGUGGUAAUUCAUCGAGACAAGAGAUUCUCACUCAACUUACUCUCCCAUCCCAUCGAAUCGACGAUAAACCAUUCCUCAGUGCUUUCCCUCAAGGUGUAGAUAAUGAAAUAUGGAGUAUGAAACAUAUUUGGAGAGGUGCACCCUAUGCCAAUCAAUCGGUCGAUGAUGUCCAAUUUGUCAAAGAUAUUAUUUUCGACAUAUCCCAAAACUACACCCUUGACCCUACACGGUACUAUGCGACGGGUAAAUCGAAUGGAGGUGGAUUCACUUCCCUACUAGCUUGUUUACCCGAUACUUCCUCUCUAUUCGCUGCAUUCGGUAUAGUCAGUGCUGCACUGUACCAAGAAGCCCUAUCAUUCGCUGGAUGUUUCCCCUCGAGGGCUGUACCCAUCAUUCAUUCUCAUGGAAUUGAGGAUGAUGAUACGCUGUUCAAAGGACGUAGCAGAUCGGAGAAUUGGAGGUUUGGACCUGAACCUCAUGUAGAUAAUUGGAGGAAAAGAUGGGCUAUAAGGAAUGGCCAUCCUUCGGAAUCCAACGGAGAAGGAAAAGGGGGAUUACCAGAACCUAAUGAGGUGUAUCACCCUCAUCACAAUACUACCGAAGAACGAUGGACGUUGGGUAAAGCAGAAAUCAUAGCUUUAAGUGUGGGUGGUUUAGGUCAUUCGUGGCCUUCUACAGAAGGUUUGGAUCGAGCUGGAAGUCCAAAUCAAUAUGCCAAUUUCAAUUUCACAGAAAGCCAUCUACUCCCUUUCUUCUCUAGACAACAAUUACCUGAGGAGUAUUUAAGAAAAAGUGGAAAUUGA